CAGAGGCCCCAAGCCAGUUACAUAAUAAAACUAUAACACUGUUUAGGCAUGAUUUCCCCCUUUGGUUACAGAAAAACAUUAGAACAACGUACAGACUUUCAGGUAAAAAGAUCUCUUUAUAGGCCGAUCUUGCGGUGCAAUCAUGGUGGACGUAAUGGAGUCGCCCAAGGCGCGCAUUAACGCCAGCAUGCUAGCUCAGUUCAUCGAUCAGCCCGUCUGCUUCGUAGGGAGGCUGGAGAAGCUUGAUGAAGAAAUCUCUGGAAUCGUGGAAGUAGUUGGAAAAGUAACGGCCAAGGCAACCGUUAUGUGUGCAUCUUAUGUCCAGUUUAAAGAAGAUAACCAUCCUUUUGAUCUUGAACUUUACAAUGAAGCUGUGAAAAUUACCCAUGAGUUCCCUCAGUUUUUUCCUUUGGGGAUUGUGCAGUAUGGUUGAGCUUGAUGAAUUUUUUAUGAUUGCCAAUGAGCUACUUUGAAGACUAUUACAGGAGGCCCCUGAUAUUUGAAGGAGAGAUUGUUCUCUUUUUAAUUUCACUUACUAACUUUAUUAGAUAUUCCAGUAUGCCACUUUUGACAGAACUGGUUUAUUGACAGUUCUCACCUAAGUCCUCAUAAAGAGUCAUUUCUCUGGCAUAUGGUCAGAUUAGAUGCAAGAAAAAAGAAGUUGGCUGAGUUUAGUUUUCUGUUUUGUUAAUAAAAGUUUAAAUGG